AUGAACGGUGCCGACAUCAAGAAGGCUGCCAUCAACAAGGCGAAGCAGGUCGCGCAGGCCGCGAACGGGAAUGGAGGCAAGAAGCGCCGAAAAGCCGACCUCAAGCCCAUCAUCACCACGUCUGAAGCCCAUCAACAGGACGAGGCCUCAGGCUCCUUUCACUACAAUGUCCAGCAGCCCACCACCGCUUCCCCACUGUCCCACCACAAAAUGUACGCGAGCCAAUUGAGCCACUCGCCUUCGAGCUCCUCGUCGUCGGUCGACGAGGCCGAGAACACGGCCGACGAGGAGGAUAGCGAGGACUACUGCAAGGGCGGCUACCACCCGGUCCAGGUCGGCGAAGAGUACAAGGACGGCAAGUACACAAUCGUGCGCAAGCUGGGGUGGGGUCACUUCUCCACCGUGUGGCUCUCUCGCGACAACACCACGGGCAAGCACGUUGCCCUCAAGGUUGUCCGCUCCGCCGCGCAUUAUACCGAGACUGCUCUCGACGAAAUCAAGCUUUUGAAGAAGGUUGUCGACGCGAACAAGGACCACCCCGGCCGCGCCCAUGUAGUCAGCCUCCUCGACUCGUUCAACCACAAAGGCCCCAAUGGCGUGCACGUGUGCAUGGUGUUUGAGGUACUGGGAGAGAAUCUGCUUGGUCUCAUAAAGCGCUGGAAUCACCGCGGCAUACCCAUGCCACUCGUCAAACAAAUCACGAAACAAGUAUUGCUGGGCCUCGACUACCUACACCGCGAGUGUGGCAUCAUCCACACUGACCUGAAACCCGAGAACGUACUCAUUGAGAUUGGCGACGUCGAGCAGAUCGUAAAGACAUAUGUCAAGGAUGACCCUAAGAAGGACAUCGAACGGAGUAAUCCGAAUGGCCGGCGGAGACGUAGAACGCUCAUUACAGGCAGCCAGCCACUCCCCAGUCCUCUCAAUGCUAGCUUCAGUCAUUCCGAUCUGGCCAACUUUCCCGGCAGCGCACAGAGUCUUAAUAAGAUUGUGAGCGAGAACACCGGUAGUGAGUCACCUGCAACUGGGCUGGCCCCGCCUUCGCAAGACGGCAAUGUAACGAGUGGUGCUUUAGGCACGUCAUCACCCUCGUCCACUCUGUCCAUGUCAGAAAGGCUCGGUCUCAAGCCACCAGCAAGCGAAGAAGAUGUACAGAAACAGCGGGAGAAGACUGCUGAUCUCCUGACGAAGGAAGUGUCGGGUAUCAGCCUGGACAAAUCGAGCGGCAGUUCCUCUAAGAACGAAACAUCGGCCGAGAAAAUAGCCGAAGACGUCUCUUUCGAGACCAUCUCCGUCAAGAUUGCAGAUCUUGGUAACGCGUGCUGGGUCGGGCACCACUUCACCAACGACAUCCAGACCCGGCAAUACAGGUCUCCGGAGGUUAUCUUAGGUGGAAAGUGGGGUGCUAGCACUGAUGUGUGGAGUAUGGCUGCUAUGGUCUUCGAGCUCAUAACCGGUGACUACCUGUUCGAUCCGCAAUCUGGCACGAAAUAUGGCAAAGAUGACGAUCACAUCGCACAGAUCAUUGAGCUCCUCGGCGCUUUCCCCAAGUCCCUCUGCAUGUCGGGAAAGUGGUCGCAAGAAAUUUUCAAUAGAAAGGGGGAGCUGCGCAACAUCCACCGAUUACGCCACUGGGCUUUGCCCGACGUGCUUCACGAGAAAUACCAUUUCUCGAGUGAGGAGAGCAAGAGAAUUGCAGACUUUUUGCUGCCAAUGUUGGAGCUGUUGCCUGUGGAUCGGGCGAACGCGGGAGGGAUGGCAGGACACGCGUUCCUGAAGGAUACGAAGGGGAUGGAGAACGUCAGCUUGGACAUCACGGUGGGCAGCAAAGGGGAAGGCAUUGAGGGAUGGGCGACGGAGGUGAAGAAGGCGAGAUAG